CACAGCUUAGCGCCCAUGUAUUACAGGGGAGCGCAGGCGGCUAUCGUCGUAUAUGAUAUCACUAACCAGGACACGUUUAGUCGAGCGAAGACUUGGGUGAAGGAAUUGCAACGACAGGCGAGUCCUAAUAUAGUGAUCGCUUUGGCCGGAAAUAAGGCCGAUUUGGCGCAGAAGAGGGCCGUUGAGACAGAGGAGGCUCAGGCGUACGCCGACGAGAAUGGACUCCUAUUCAUGGAGACGUCUGCCAAGACAGCUAUGAAUGUAAACGACAUAUUCCUGGCGAUCGCCAAAAAGUUACCCAAAACCGAUCAAAACGCCGGUAAUGCGGGUUCGGGCGGCCGUAGGGUUGACAUCAGUGAAAAUCCACAGCAAUCGGGCGGUUGUUGUGGUGGAAGUAAAUGAGAUAUUAUUUAAUUAUAUUUCGAUUAUUAAUUUGAUAUAAUAUUUGAAAUAUAUAUAAAUAUUAUAUAUAAAAGCAAAAAAGCAAAACAAUUUAUUUUAAAUCAAUUCUUUAUUUCCCAAA